GUUGGCAGAUUGGCAAGGAGAGCGAAAUGGAGAAAGACGUGUAGCAUGGGUGCGUAUCGGGUCAAUGCGAAUGCAAGGCCAGAGACCCAUAGCAUGCGCUUCACCACAUUGGAAGCUGCACGCCAAGAGCCUGUGCAAUCGGGCGUGACUGGGAGGCGGUAGCGCAGCGUGCAGCUGUCGGACCCAGGCGGCCAUAUCACCACCACCAUGGCAGCCAGCGCGCCUCCAGCUCCUCGCGCUGGUGCAGACAGAAGGAUUGGUGUUGGGCAUAGGCACACCGCUGCUGGUGCUGACCUUAACCUCGAAGCGGCACAUGAAGCGAACGUGACGGUUCGCAGCAACCGCGAUCACGCUCAUAUCGUCGGCCAUGACGGACACAUCUACACGCAGGGCGAGGCCGCUCGGCUCGGCUUAAUCAUUCGCAGUGCCUGCAAGGUAUGCAGGGACCGUAAACUUAAGUGUGAUGGCAGGCCCAUCUUUGAGGGUGGCUGUAUGCGUUGCGAAAAGUCCGGUACGGACUGCAGAUAUGAGGCCCGGCAACCGAUCGGACGUCCAAAGAAGCGAAAGGCAGACGGUGAGCUCAGUCAGCCGUCGACCCCAGGCUCAUCACCCGGCCUUCAGUCUAUCCCUGGCAUUGCACCGCCAUCAUACUGGUCAAACGCAGAGGCAGUUCCGACAAGUGUUGCAGGGUCGAGGAUGAGCAUCAAUCCGCUACUGCUGACUACGUCCUGCGCGAACGGCGUCUCACAUGCGUCGCCUCAUCAGGCAACGCAGCAUCCCACGCACUCACCCUCGAGCCCGUCGCUGUCCGACUUGUCUAUAGCCGCCUUCCUACAAUCGCUUGACACGCUCGAGAUCGCGGCGUCCGAUGGCUUCAGCCCGACCAUGCUGAGUCAGGCAGUCAGUGGCGGUUCCCCCCCAGCUGGAACUGCCGCGCCGGGUAGCUGGAACCUGGCAGGCAGCGCCAUCCUUGACCCAAAUGUCAGCUACGCAGUGCCAGCCGACUUCAGCUGGUGGGACCUGAGUAAGCUCACGGGAGACUAUCCCGAAACAACGAGCAACGCGGCGAACAAGUCCCCGAAUGGGAUACAGAACUGCGGACUCAUUCCUGCGCAAAGCGGACCAUCAGGUGCUUCCGACUUGGCAACUCUCGGUGCUGCCCGGUCUCCCUCGCUCAUGUGUUCGCGUGGGCCAAGGUGCGGUAUGGGCAAGGGUAGGCUGAUCACCGCAGACGGCACCAGAUGGCAAGAAAAUGACAGGGAAGUCGUUUCGGGUGCUGCUUCUGUUGAGGAGGCCGCAGCGGUACAGGCCGCGCCAACCGCUGACGACGGAAAGGUAGAGGCAUCCGAAACCGUCAAAUCUUGUUGCAUAGCAGGUCCGUCGAUGCUCGAGGUAAGCUCGGCCAAGUCUGAGCUGGCAAAAGCAGAGCCUUGUUGUAGCAAGCGUGCGAAUGCAAACUCGACACUCAUGAAAGGACAUGACCAUCCAUCUUCGUAUCUUGAGGGCCAACACCGCUCCACUCCUUCUCAUUCGCCAUAUCGAGCACCAGCUCCUCUUCCAACCUGGACAACCUACCCAGCUUCUUCCUCAUCCUCUUCAUUCUCCUCCACCGCUACCGCCGCGGCAGCAGCAAAUGCGCAAAGCAAGCGCAAAGUGUUCUGCGUUCCCAAUCCCUCCGGUCACGGCUGCACCUGCUUGUGCGAUAUGAGCGUUGCGCUCAUCAGCGUUCGGCAGAACCUACGCGAGGCUGCCUGCGCGGCGGGCGAGCCGUUCGAUGAUAGCGGCAAGCCCAGAGCAUCAUCGAGCGCCACCACGGCACUUGCACCUGCUGCCUCGCUUUCAAAGACACCAGGAGAACCGAGUUCCACCGAAUCAGCCUCACCCUUUACAUCAGCAUCAAAGCGCAAAGUGAACCCAGGUACCACGCUGCAGCUGACGCUCUCCACCUCACAGGCGGUCGCCGCGCAUUGCGCCUGCUCGGCCGAGUGCCCAACAUGCCGGACGGACCCGAGCACGCAGAUGUCCGCCAGCCUGCUCGUUUCGACCGCGCUGCAGAUCUACGCGCGCGCUGUCAAGACGCUCAAGGAGGGCAUCGGCGGCGCGCUGAGCGUCAGCAGCGGCGGUAUGGUGACCGCAAGCAGCAGCGCGCCCCUCGACAUCAAGAUUGGCGACUGGCGCCCGUCGGAGGCGAACGCGCACCGUAUUGCGUUGUUCGCUAUGAAGCUCGAGCUGCGGGAUCUGCGUAACGCGCUCGGCAAGGUGUCCGAUAUGGCUCGCAGAAAGCCGCCGAACGCAGGCGGCACACCUGGUGACGCCGCUGUCGCGCCGUCGGAGGCCAAAGGAGGGACGGGGACGUACCUCAACCCAAUCGAUCAGCUCGUCCUCGACAAAUUGCAUAUGCAACUCGGAGAAAUAUUGCAGACUGUCGAGAUGCUGGAGCGUUCGGAAUGACACAUCAGCUUUCCUGCCAUUCGCAUCAAUCGGCCUGUAGAUCUAGAUCGCACUGUUCACAUCGGUGUUGUAUUAUAUCCUCAGCAUUAGCUGUCCCUUUUGUCUCAUG